CAAUGUAGUGAUAGUACAGAGAACUGUCAGCAAUGGAUCUGUGGCGCAAUGGUAGCGCGUCUGACUCCAGAUCAGAAGGUUGCGUGUUCGAUUCACGUCAGGUUCACUCUUUUUAUACUAGUUCCUACUAAGGUGCACAUGAUCAAUGCAAUGUCCGAUUUACCCCUAGAACUGGUAAAAUACCAAUAUUGCCCUCUCGGCGGAAGGUGCGCUUUGUAUUCCAAACCCCACACAUUCGGUAGCUGUGUGGGCACAGCACAGCGGUGGCGUCGUCGUAUUGGUCUUUAGUGACGGGGAGUGGUUGUGACCUUGAGAGCGUGCCCACUCCUCCCCACCUGCGCACUCUAGCAUUCCCCACCUCUCUCUCUCUCUUGCCUUAACCAAUGUCAACGACCACCCACCACCACCACCAUCACAACCCUCAUUCUUCUCCUAACCUACGCCUCCCUUCCCUUCUUUUUCUUCUCCUAACCUACACCCCCAAUGUCCUCACCCACUCCCCGCCGCCGCUUCCCGCCGCUGUGCUGGACCGACGACGAGGCCCAAGCCCUCAUCUCCGUCUUCAAGGACAAGUGGUCCUCCCUCGGCCGCACCAAUCUCAAAGCCAACGACUGGGAUGACGUCGCCGCCACCCUCGCCGCCCAAUUCCCCCUCGUCUCCCCCUCCAAGACCGCCGCGCAGUGCCACAACAAGAUCGAGAAGCUCCGCAAACGGUACCGCUCCGAGAAGCAGCGGGCCUCGACCCGACCCGGUCGGUUCUCGCCUUGGGCUUUGUAUCGGUUUAUGGAGGAAUUGGAAGGCGAGUCUGGUAAGAAGCCGAUCCACACGGCCCGUAAAGGUGAGGGGAAUUCGAGUUCUAGGUUUUUAGCUGAUUUGGAUGAAUUUGUUGAUGUACGGAGUGGUGGUGGUGGUGGUGAUGCUGGUUUUCCUGUGAAAUCAUUAGGUCAUAGGAAUUUGGCGCCUUUGUUUAAUCCUAAGAUGAAGUUGAAGAAGAAUGAAAGCUCAGGGUUUCUUCGAAAAUUCGGAGGAGUGGAGUCUAGUGGUGUUGGUGUUAACGAUUUGGGAGGGAGUUCGGGUUUGUUGAGGAGUGUUAGAGAGGUUGAUCCGGUUGAAGAGAUGGUUUCUUCGAUUCAGUUGCUUGGAGAGAAGUAUAUGAAGGUGGAGAAGAGGAAGAUGGAGAUGGCUAGGGAGAUUGUGAUGAUGCAAAUGGACAUGGAAAUGAAGCAAACUCAGGUUAUUAUGGAAUCGCAGCAGCAGAUAGUGAAUGCUUGUGUCAGUGCAUUGUUGGACAGCAAGAAGAAGAAGAAGAGGAAGAUGAAGGCCUUGUCGACUGAUUCCUAGAUGGAGCUGCGGCGUAGUUGUUCAUGCUGUAAGGUAAAUGACGAGAAAUGUGUACUAGGAUGAUGUGCCUCGAAGAAGAGGGUUCUCUGGUUUUAACAAGAAGUAAGAUUUUUGGGGUUAAUAAUCAUGCCUGUUAUUACUUUUGAGCUGGCAGAUUUGGCUAGUUUCUUUUUUGUAUCUAAUGACUCGGAUGGAACGUUUGAAACAUGUAAGGUGGUAGAUUUAUUGCAAUAUAUACCAAUUUUCUAACAAUA